UCUGUGUGAGAGAGAGUGGAGGGCAGGCCAAAUAAAGCCAUAGGUGCUGCUGGGAGAGGAGUGCGUGUUAGCAUGCUAUAAAUACUUGAUGCAUCUGGAGUUUCAGGGUUGGCUACUGUCUGGGUCUCAGCAGACCAGAUCACAGGCUCUAUGUUGAUCUAGUGAUUUAUAGAAUUAUUGAUUUAUUGGACUGGGACAGGGAUUGGACCAUCCUGGAGGUGACAGGCCAUCAUGCCUAGGAUAGACGUGGAUGUGAAGCUGGACUUUAAAGAUGUCCUGUUCAGACCCAAGAGAAGCAGCCUGAAGAGCAGGUCAGAGCAAACUCUCUUCACCGCCAUGCAGAAGCACUACACUGUGGAGCAGUGGAAGGCUUUUGCAGCCAAGUUUCCAGAAUGUUUGGAGCACAUAGCGGUCAGCUCAGGCAGCGGUCAAGCCGACCUGGAGAAGCUGUGCAGCGUCCUGAAGGCCGUCUCUGACAUCAGAUUCAUCUGUCUGGACGUGGCCAACGGCUACUCUGAACACUUUGUGGAGUUUGUCAAAACCGUCAGGGGGAGGUUUCCCCAACACACUAUCAUGGCUGGCAACGUGGUGACAGGAGAGAUGGUGGAGGAGCUGAUCCUGGCAGGAGCUGACAUCAUUAAAGUGGGUAUUGGGCCAGGUUCUGUGUGUACGACGCGUAUUAAGACGGGAGUGGGAUACCCCCAGCUCAGUGCUGUCAUAGAGUGUGCAGACUCCGCCCACGGCCUGAAGGGUCACAUCAUCUCAGAUGGCGGAUGCAGCUGUCCUGGCGAUGUGGCUAAGGCAUUUGGCGCUGGAGCUGAUUUUGUGAUGCUGGGGGGCAUGCUGGCUGGCCACGACCAGUGUGCCGGGGAGGUCAUUGAGAGGAAUGGCAGAAAGGUCAAGCUGUUCUAUGGGAUGAGCUCUGACACGGCCAUGAAGAAACAUGUAGGGGGAGUGGCAGAGUACAGAGCGUCAGAGGGCAGGACGGUGGAGGUACCGUACAGGGGGGAUGUAGAGGCCACCAUCAGGGACAUUCUGGGUGGUCUGCGCUCCACCUGCACCUACGUAGGAGCUGCCAAACUGAAGGAGCUCAGUCGCAGGACCACCUUUAUCAGAGUCACACAGCAGGCCAGCCACAUGUUCACAUAGUAGUAAAUAGACGGAGGGACGGACAGACAGACAGACAGACAGCCAUGAUCUUUCUUGUGGCUGUUUAGAACUUCACAUCCUAAUGCCUGAUUUCAAUUGUGCUGAUUUAAUUUAAAAUGUAAAAGUUUGAAUCUACAACAAUAUUUAUGUAAAUGCAUGUGUUACUUUCCCUGUACACAGUAGACAGAAAGAGGAGAAACAGAGAAAUACCAACCUGGACUCAGGGGUAGACAUAGUAAACUUAUAUCCGUGACACUCCAAUUAGUAUGAUAUGUAACGUUUGGCAUGGUUUUCAUUUGUGGAUGUCCAUCUUUCAUUUCGUCGGAUAUGUUACGAAUUACAAUAUGUUACGAAUUUGCAAAGGUAUGAUAUGUUAUGAAUUCUAAUUUGUUGAGGCUAAGGUUAUCUAGGUGUCUAGGUGGCUAACGCUAAUGUUAGCUAGGUGGCUAAUGUUAACCAGGUUAGGGGUUAAGGUUAGGAGUUAGGUUAGGGUAUGGGUUAGCUAAUAUGCUAAGUAGUUGCAAAAAAUUGGUAAGUAGUUUCAAAGUUGCUAAUUAGCUAAAAUGAUAAAAUUGUCUGUGAUGUUAUUCAAACUCACAGCCUUUGGGUUGCUUGAUGUUCAUGUUUUACACCUACCCAUCCACCCUGUCCAAACAUCCUACUUUUUUUUUUGCCUUAAGUAACCUUCUGUCUUAUGUAACCAAAUGUAACAUAUCAUACUAAAUUGAAUCUUUCAGAAUUUGGAUUUACAUUUACUAUGUUACGUGUAGUCUAUGAGACCAGGCUGGAAAAACAGAGUGCUAGAGUAAGCAGCUGCUCUGUUGCUCCUCUUGAAAGAUGGAUGAAAGACAGAUGAGCCAGUUGAUAGACAGAAUUUCAGUUGACUCUGUUAUUUAUUAUUCUGAGUAUACAGAGACAAUACAUUUGUUCAUGUUCUUUUGUGUUUCUUUAAACAAAUUUGUUCAAAUCUAAAUGAAAUGUUAAAAAAAAUUACAACUGAAAUAUUUUGUCCAUAAACCUGGAAAAACUCUCCUAAGAAAGAGACCAUAGAUCAUACAGAACAGAUUGGAGUAUAUCCUACAAAUUAAACCGUAAUACCACAGUUAGAAAAGCAACUUUGAAGUCUUCUAGUCCUCUUGUUUCCUGUCUCCUGUUGUACAUAAAUGUAUCUUACAUAUGAGGUACACAAAAAAGUUAUUUCACAACCUUUCUUGGGGGUUGCGGACCAAUGCAUGAACAUUUUUUAAAUUACAGAUUGUACAAUAAUAACAAUGAUCCUAUUUUGUAUAAUAUCUACAACAAUGUUUAUAUUUUAGCACAUACAUAUCUCAGGAAAAAACA